AUGAAUUUAGAAAACGCCAAUACUGUUCAGGAGCUUCAACGUCAGCUAGAAGCCGCCAACGCGCGGAAUUCACAGCUCGAGCAGUUCGUGCAAAGUCAGUUCAGAGGAGAUCCAACAGUCUUAAAUCAAGUCGCACAAAAUUUGUCUCUGGCUCAGCCCGGUUUCCAAAUCCCUAGCCAUGGCCUCUCAAGUGCACGAAGUAGUGGUCUCUCUCGUAGCAAGUCUACAAUUACAUAUCCCACCCAAGUAAAGUCCGCCAUCACGGAACGGCAUAAUGGCCUUCAGGCUCAUAAGCGUGAGAGGAGAGCUUUCUCUCAACAGUCUGGCUCCGCUCUCCCCAUGAGCCGCAGUGUCUCAAAUCGUUCUGAAUCUCACAUGCCUUUCUCUCAGACCGGCAACAGGAUAGCUCCAUUAAGUGCUUCCAUGGAUCGAUUCAACUCUCCUCAAAAUGAAUCACCCAAUCUUCCUCUCGAGGGUGUUUCGGAUCGACUGCCCAGCGUCCAGGAGAAUCAGCCUCUACUCAACAUUGGCAUGGACCCCGACGAGUUCUUGAAACAGUGGCCAGAGACAGCUCAGGUCCCUCAAACCUUCGACACAUCAUACUCCGGACUUCCAUAUAACAUGGUGCAAGACAACUCAUUCAGCAACCUCUCGUCAAAUAUUCCGUCCAGUUAUCCCAUGUCUUCUGCUUGCCCGUCAAUGAUUUCUGGUCCCUCUGCUGCCGAGGCUGCUAGCCCUUUGACCCGCCAGAAUAGUUCUUUCGACAGCUAUGGCGUCGGUAUGGAGCGCCUAGAAUCCUCGCAGUCCCAAGCCGAUGCCCUCUUUGCUCCUGAUCUGUCUCCCAGCUCUGUCAACAUGUACCCCACUAGCAAGCAGUUCAACUCUGAGCAAGACCUCUUCGGUCUCGGUGCCAACCUUUCUGCUGUCAACAUGCAGUAUACCGACUCCAACGGCAACACCUUCAUGACAUCGCCAGAGUCCACCGACAUGGAGCGAUCUUGCUCCAACACCAGCAUGUCUAGUGUCCGAUCAAAUGCUUCCAACCUCGAGCGACGCGCUAAGGAAGCUCGUGAGCGUGUCCUUCACUCAGGCAAGACUAUCCAGCUCGCCCCGAAGCCCAAGGAGGAGGUCGCCAAGGCUGAAGCUGUUGCCGCUGCCAACAAGGAGGCCAAGCUUCCUGUAAACAAGAGCAACUACCAGCGACCUAAGCAUCCCAAGGUCUACUGCACCCAGUGCACUGAGCAUCCCGAUGGCUUCCGAGGUGAUCAUGAGCUUCGCCGACACGUCAACGCCAAGCAUGAGGGCACUGUCAAGAAGUUCGUCUGCCGUGACCCUGCUACUGUCGGCAUCGAGAGCAAUGUCAAGGCCGUCAACCCGUUGUCCAAGUGCAAGGCAUGCGUCUCCGGCAAGGAGUAUGGUGCUUACUACAACGCCGCCGCUCAUCUUCGACGCACCCACUUCAAGCCCAAGACUCCCCGUGGCAAGAAGGGUGCUAACGGUGAUGAGAAACGAGGUGGUAAGGGCGGUGGUGACUGGCCUCCCAUGAACGAUCUCAAGGCUUGGUUCGUUGAGAAGAAGGUCAAAGUUGACCUAAAUGACUCUCCCAUGGCUGAGCAGGACGAUGUUGAUGAGAUGGCCGACGACAACAUGGACGGUUCUGGCAUGCCUCCUCAGAUGGACAUGUUCCAGGGCAUUGGUAGCAGCAUGGCACCCUUCAACAUGGAGACUGGCUAUGACCUUACCGUCGAUGGCGCUGCCGACCCUGCCAUGAUGGCUAGUGUCAAUGGCGAACUUGGCAUUCCCGCUCCCAUCUCGUCUGCCUCUGGUAACUUUGGUUACUCCCCUUUCAACGGGUCUCCUAUCGGCCUUGCUGACAACUAUGCCUUCUCCGAGCAUGCCACUUCGGCCUAUGGCUCCAACCUCUCAUCUACCAACACCAUCACCCCUGCCAACUUUCAGGACAUGUCUCACAUGAGUAUGGCUGACAAUGCCCUCUGGGCAGCUUGA